GUUGGUAAAAUCCAUUACAUAUUCUGGUAUCUGCAAUUUGUCUCUCAAACCUUGUAAUUGAGGAAGCCCAAGUUCUAAACCUGCUGAUUGUAUCAUUUUUGGUUUUUCUAUUCCAUAUUCUGCAACUUGCAUUCUCAACCUUCUUCAAAACCUCUCAAAUUGGUCCAGAAACAAUAGUUCCAUGCCAGAAGGGUCAUUUAAAUUUCUAAGGCACAAUUAGCUUAUACCCAACAAUUUCAUACAUGCAAGACUCCCUAAUGGAUAUCAUAACAUCAGUCAUUGAUAUUGUGAAGGAUGUUGGCCCUGAAGUUAAGAAGUAUGUAAAGUAUCAGAUGCGUCACAAUGAUUAUGUCAGUGAAUUCAAAGAAAUGCAAGAGAAUCUAAAGCACCGACGAAAUGUCAUUGACGCAAACUUGAAGACACAGCAAAAGCAACCCGGAAAGAUUCCAAAUGGGGAAGUGGAAGCUUGGUUGAAGAAGGCAGACCAAGAAACCGCCGAAUCAGUGGUUGAAGAUAUGAUUUGUAAAGGGGGUUGUUUCACAUAUAUUUGCUCAUCAAGAAAGUUCGAUAAAAAGACUCAAGCACUGAAUGGAAUAUUUAUGCAAGGAGAAAAUUACGCUAAUGCUGGUCAGAGUUUGGUUUUAGAUGAUCACUCAAUUGAGUAUUGCACGAAAGUAUUCAAAGAAAUGCAGGAGCAGCUAAAGCUCCGACAGGAAGACAUUGAGGCAAAGUUGAAGACACAGUGUAUGCCAGGAAAGAUUGCAAGGCAGGAAGUUAGAGACUGGAUGGAGAAAGCAAGCCAACAAAUUGCUAUAAAGGUUGAAGACCUGAUCAGCCCAGGGGAACGUUCCUCAUCAUCCAACCUCGAGAAAAAGACUGAAGAAUUAAAGCAAACAUUUGAGCAAGGAGAAAAAUACACUAAUGCUGGUGAGAGUUUGGUUGUAGAUGAUCACUCAAUCAAAGGAGUUCCACUAGUCGUUGAUGAAUGCAGUGGCAAGGAUGAUGUGCAAGAUCGAAUUCUGGAAUGGUUGAAGGGAGACGAGGUUAUAAGAAUUGCAGUUUCGGGAAUGGGUGGUGUGGGCAAGACAACAAUUAUGAAGCAAGUCCACAACCAACUGUUGAAAGAACCCAAAUUUAACAAAGCUAUUUGGGUAAAAGUGUCAAGAGACUUUGACAUUUUUGUCCAGCAAAAAAGGGAGUUUGAUGUUCGCAGGUUUCAAAAGAGGAUUGCAAGUAGCUUAGAAUUAAAACUGGAGCCAGAGGAUUAUGAGAAUGAAACCAAGAAUGCAGGAAUGAUUUCACAAAAGUUGAGGCAGGGCAGCUUUGUGCUAAUUUUGGAUGAUAUGUGGCAUCCUUUCUCUCUAGAAGAUGUUGGAAUUCCUAAUCUAGUUGGAAAUAAUGGUUGCAAGUUAGUACUCACGACACGGUUACAAGAUGUUGCUCGUGCAAUGGAGUGUAAGGUGAUACUUGUGAAUCCUCUUCCACCUGAAGAAGCAUUAGCAUUGUUCUUGAAGAAAGUUGGAAGUGAAGUGUUGUCAGAUGGCAGAAUUAAAGUAGAUAUAAAGCCAUUUUUGGAGCAAAUUUUGCAGAAAUGUGGUGGAGUACCUCUUGCUAUAGUGACAGUGGCAAAAUCAAUGAGAGGGAAAUUACUUCCUCGUAAUUGGAAUUAUGAAUGCCUAGAACCACAAUGCCAGGAGUGUUUCCUAUAUUGUGCAUUGUAUCCUGAAGAUGCUAAAAUCGCAAAAGAGGAGUUAAUUGAGUAUUGGAUUGAGGAGGGGCUAAUAUAUAAAGAAGGGAAAACCAGGGAGGCAAUGAAUUUGAAGGGUCAUGGUAUACUCGAUAAGCUUGUUGACAACUGCUUGUUGGAGUUGGUUGGAGACAACGAAGAUUGUGUGAGUAUGCAUGAUCUUCUCCGAGAAAUGGCACUGGAAAUCAGUCAAUUUUUUGUGAAAGCUGGCAUUGGCUUGGAAAAGCUACCAGAAGAGGAUGAAUGGAGAGAAUAUCUUUUGAAGGUUUCUUUAAUGGAUAAUCACAUAACAGAAAUUCCUUCAAGCAUGCCGCCUCCAAAGUGUCCUAUGCUCACAACCUUGCUCCUAUCCAAUAACAUGAUUAUUACAAUUCCAGAAGCUUUUUUUGAGCAUAUGCUUGGGCUCAAGAUUCUUGAUCUUUCUAGGAAUCUUAAGCUAAGUAGGCUGCCGACUUCUGUUUCCAAAUUGGAGAAGCUUACUACAUUAUUGCUACAGAAUUGUAGGUCCUUAAGAGAGGUACCAUCUUUAUCCAACCUUGUAGGCUUAAAAAAGUUGGACCUUUCCUGGACAUCAAUUGAAGAACUACCCCAAGGCCUCAACAUGUUAACAAAUCUAAAAUAUCUUGGUCUUGGUGGAAGAUUGCCUGAAACACUUGAUGAAUUGCUGCAAAAUCUCUCCAAACUUCAGCAUUUAAUGGUAAAUACUGAAACAAAAUUUAAAUGGGAGAAGAUUGGAAGUUGGAGGAAGCUUCAAAACCUUGAGAAGCUGGUUCUUCGUAAUUUGGAUACCUUGAAUGCGGUGUUUGGGGAAGUAGGAGUAGUUGCUGAGUCAGCAUCGCUACCAGCUGGCACAUUUUCCUCGGCGAGGUGGUUGGGGUAUCUCCAGAAACUACAGACUAUUGAGGUUAUUAAUUGUGAGCAACUGGAGGAGAUAAUAGGGUCUGAAUCUGAAGGAGGAGAAAAAGUCACUCUACCCAAGUUAGAAAGGUUAAAAUUGACCUUAUUGCCCCAAUUGAAGACCAUCUGUAGCGGUUCUUUGAUUUGUGAUUCCAUCAAGAAGAUUGAAAUUUGUCUAUGCAAAAAUAUAGAGAGUGUUUUUUGGUCAGGGUUCAACCCACUUCCAAAUCUUGAAUCUCUAUACCUUUCUCAUUUAGAGAAUCUAAAAUCGGUGUUUGAUGAAGAAGGUCUUGGUUUAUCGUCACUUGUACCUCCCACAAGCUUUUUCUCUCUUAAAGAAAUUAGUGUUAAUGGGUGUGGUCAAUUAAAGAAGGUAUUCUCAUCUGGAUGGCUGCUCCGCUACUUCCAAUCUCUAGAGACUAUUGAUGUUCGAUUCUGUUUUCAAAUGGAGGAGUUGAUAUCGUCGUCGGCACAUGAAGAAGAAAAAGUCACUCUACCCAAGUUACAAAGCUUGCAAUUGAUGGGUUUGUGGGAAUUGAAGAGCAUCUACAGCAGUUCUUUGAUUUGUGAUUCCAUCAAGCAGAUUACAAUUUCGAACGGCGGAAAAAUAGAGAGUAUUUUUGGUCAAGAGGGUCUUGGUUUAUCGCCACUUGUACCUCCCACAAGCUUUUUCUCUCCUAAAGAAAUUAGCAUUAAUGACUGUGCUCAAUUAAAGAAGGUGCUCUCAUCUGGAUGGUUGCUCCGCUACUUCCAAUCUCUAGAGACUCUUUAUGUUCAAAGGUGUCCGCAAAUGGAGGAGCUGAUACCGUCAUCGACAGAUGAAGAAGAAAAAGUCACUCUACCCAAGUUACAAUGCUUGCAUUUGACAGGAUUCAACCCACUUCCAAAUCUUGAAUAUCUAGAACUUGGCUAUUUAAAGAACUUGAAAUGCGUGUUUGAUGAAGAAGGUCUUGGUUUAUCGCCACUUGUACCUCCCACAAGCUUUUUCUCUCUUAAAGAAAUUAGGGUUACUAAUUGUGAUCAAUUAAAGAAGGUAUUCUCAUCUGGAUGGCUACUCUGCUACUUCCAAUCUCUAGAGACUAUUGACGUUUAUUGGUGUUUUCAAAUGGAGGAGUUGGUAUCGUCAUCGAAACAUGAAGAAGAAAAAGUCACUCUACCCAAUUUACAAAGCUUGCAAUUGCAGCACUUGCUUCAAUUGAAGAGCAUCUGCAGCAGCUCCAGUGUGUUGAUUUGUGAUUCCAUCCAGAGUCUGAGGAUUUUAGGGUGUCAAAAGCUAAAGAGGAUUCCUCUGAAUUUUCCCUUGCUUGAUAAUGCCCAAUCAUCUCAUCCUCCUUCCCUCAAAAAAAUUAGGCAAUUGGGAUUCGGCUCUACAACCACAAGAAAGUUGGAGGAAAACACAUAUGCACUAGUUGCUGUUGCUAUUGGGUUUUCAAUUUAAUAUAAUCUUUGUUUUUCUUUUGCUGUGUGUGUUGUGUGUUUAAAUAUGUCCAAUUCUAAGUGGAAAACUAGAAAUGCUUGUUUUUUUAUUAACUGUGUAAUUUUGUCUUUGAAACUGUGUGCGAAAAAGACUUGAAACUGUAUUUGCUUUUCUUGUGUAAUAUGUAUUUCAGUUGAUUGCAAUUGCAUAUCUCUUCUCAAAUUUCAUUCAACAACAUUAUCUAUAAGAUGUAAGAGCUUCAGAACUUUCUUUGUCCUUUUUCUUAAUUGUUUUGGUUUUGCCAUUCAUUUUCAGUCCUUGCUUCCCUGCCUCUUAUUUGACACCUAGUUUCAAAUUCGAUGGUCUCCAUGUGUGCCCUUAAAGAUGUCUGCUCUGGCCAUGGACAGAUUGACUC